AUGGGCAAAUCCGAAAGUCAAAUGGACAUCAUGGAGAAAUCAACUAAACCUGGAAAGCAUCGUUGGACUGUUGCAGAAAUUGGCCUUUCGGUGCUGCUGCUGUUGGUCAGCUGUGCCUUGGCGGGGCUGGUGGUCCUCUACACGUCAGUUGUGAAAGAGCAGUCCAACGAGCCGAGCGUGCCGCGGAGCUCCGCCGCUGAAGACCAGCUGUUUCGCUCCAGCGUCAUCGAUGUGUGCACAACUGCAGACUGUGUUACUGCAGCGGCCCGGCUGCUGCAGAACAUGGAUGAGUCCGUGAAGCCCUGUGAGAACUUCUACCAGUUUGCCUGCGGGGGCUGGUUGGAGCGCCACGUCAUCCCCGAGACCAGCUCACGUCACAGCGUCUUCGACAUUCUGAGGGACAAGCUGGAGAUUGUCCUCAAAGGUGUUCUUGAGACAGAAACGGACCAGGACAGGGACGCCAUCAGGAAGGCGAAAGUCCUGUACAGCUCCUGCAUGAAUGAGAGCCUCAUAGAGCAGCGUGAUUCGCUCCCCCUCCUGACGCUCAUUGCCGACAUUGGAGAUUGGCCUGUGGCAUCAGAUGACUGGAACACCACAAAAGAGGAAGUAUGGAGCCUGGAGGACACGCUGGCCACGCUGACUGCUCGAUUCCACAAGAAGGUUCUGUUAGACAUGUAUGUGUGGACAGAUGACCGGGACUCACGGCGCCAUAUCAUUUAUAUCGACCAACCGGGACUUGGGAUGCCAUCAAGAGAUUAUUACUUCAAUGACGGAAAUUACAAAAAGGUUCGAGAGGCCUACCUGCAUUUCAUGGUUUCCGUCGCAAAGAUAACUCGGGAGGACAGGAACCUGACUCAGGACGACGACCACGUGUGGGAGGAAAUGAUGCAAGUCCUAGAACUGGAGACAGACAUCGCCAACGCGACAUCGCCAGCAGAGGAGCGCCAAGACGUCACCGUUCUCUACAACAAGAUGACACUUGGUGAACUGCAGAACACAUUCAGUCUGAAUGGUUUUAAUUGGACCCGAUUCAUCCAAGGCGUGUUGUCGAGCGUUUCCAUUGAUGUUCAACUGGAGGAAGAGGUGGUGGUGUACAGUUCUCCCUACCUAGAGAAGAUGAACGAUGUCCUCUCCAGACACAGUGUCCGGGCGGUGCAGAACUACCUCGUCUGGCAGCUCAUCAUUGACAGAGUUAACAGCUUGAGCCGCCGUUUCAAAGAUGCCAGAGCUCGUUACAGGAAGACUCUCUAUGGGACCACUGUGGAGGACGCCUGGUGGAGAGAGUGCGUCCGCUACGUUCAGAGCAGCAUGGAGAACGCCAUCGGAGCGCUGUACGUGCGGGAGACCUUUGCUGGGGAAAGUAAACGGAUGGUCAGCGACCUCAUCAGUAAGAUCCAGAAAGCGUACGUCGAAACCCUGGAGGAGUUGAGCUGGAUGGACUCGCCCUCCAAAGAGAAAGCGAGAGAGAAGGCCAUGGCAAUCAAGGAGCAUAUCGGUUAUCCCGACCAUAUUCUGCAAGAAAACAACCAGAAACUUGACCAGGAAUACGCUCACCUGAACUUCAGUGAGGAGCACUACUUUGAGAACAUCCUCGAGAACCUGAAGUCUGAAGCACACAAGAGUCUGAAGAAGCUCAGAGAACCCGUGGAUCCGGACUUGUGGAUCAUCGGUGCUGCUGUGGUAAAUGCCUUCUACUCCCCCAACAGAAACCAGAUAGUGUUUCCUGCAGGGAUCUUACAGCCACCUUUCUUCAGUAAACAUCAGCACCAGGCUCUUAACUUUGGUGGAAUAGGAAUGGUUAUUGGACAUGAGAUCACACAUGGAUUCGAUGAUAACGGGCGUAAUUUUGACAAAGAUGGCAACAUGCUUAACUGGUGGAGUAAUUACUCUGCGGAGCAUUUUAAGGACCAGUCCCAGUGCAUGGUGCAACAGUACGGCAACUUCAACUGGAAGCUAGCAGGAGGACAAAACGUCAGUGGCAUCAGCACUUUGGGAGAAAACAUCGCAGACAAUGGAGGAGUUCGUCAAGCGUACAAGGCGUAUCUGAAGUGGGUGGAGAUGGAGGGUGAGGAGCCUCGUUUACCCGGUCUAGAUAUGGAUCACAAGCAGCUUUUCUUUCUCAACUUUGCCCAGGUGUGGUGUGGUGCUUAUCGGCCUGAAUAUGCCAGCCAGUCCAUCAAGACUGACUCUCACAGUCCUUUAGAAUACAGGGUGCUUGGAUCGCUCCAGAAUUUCGAAGCGUUCUCAGAAGCUUUCCAGUGCCAAAAGGGCAGUCCAAUGAACCCUGAGCUGAAAUGCCGAGUCUGGUAGUUUUAAGUGCGAGGUAUUCAUUUCUUAUAAUAGGCAGAACAUAUGAUAAGAACACAACAUACUUUUUAACCCACAGACACAUAAACCUUACAACUAACUGUGGUUUAUCUGGUGGAGAGUAAUGACAGAAAACAUAUUUGCUUCAGUGUAUUCUCAACUUUGCAAAAAAACAUUAGUGACCCUUUUCGUCCGGAGACAACAGUACAGUGUCCCACAACACAAAAGAUGAAUGAGAGGCAUUAAUGAAAAGGCCAUGUAGAAAACACAACCUUGAUAAGAUGUUAAAGCUUAUGACACUUUCCCAGUCUUUCCUAAAUGAAUGCUUAAAAAAUCUCUUGUGAAGAUCAUUGUAGUUUAUCCACUUGGAACCAAGCUGCACUGGUGUCUUUCUUCUGCUAAGUUUCUAACAUUGUGCCAUUUCAGAUGGAACAAUAGGGAAGUAAUCGUAACUCUUGACUAAAGUGUGUAUGCGUGUGUGUGUGUUAAAUAAAUAUAAGCUCUGGGCUUUGCAGAAGUAAAGCUAUGGUGGAAUUAGUCACACUCUGAGAGUUUGGUCAUUCACUGUUACAUUAAACAAAUUACCUAAAGACUUUAAGACUGUUAAAUCUUUGCAGCUUUAACCUUAAAUUAACAUUCUGUGAGAGCUGCAGCUUUCAGCAUUUGUACAGAGUGGAUAAACAUUUGACAUUUAAAAAGAGCUUUAGCACCUUUUGCUGUUGCAGUUUUACUUUUGUUCCUGCUCACUAUAGAAAGAGUGUAUGCUAUUUCUUAGUAAGAGAGAACAACCCGUUGGAGGCUGAGUGUUGUAAUAAUGACAAAAACAAAUGUUGGUUUCCGGCAUUAUUAUCACAUUGGCUUUAAUUAGCUGAGAUUGGGUGCAGUCAUGUGUUUGAAGCUCUCGACCUUCUUUCUUUCUGCUUUUGCACAUCCCACUUUAUUUUACCGGAAUCCCAACGUGGCGCUUGUUGGAUGACACACCUUUUGUCAUCUUGUAUGACAUGUGUAAGCUUGCAUUUAACCCCCCCCCCCAAAAAGAAGACAGCGGAUUUGUCAUAGAACAGCUCUUUUCUUUCACCACACACGUACGAGCAUCAGAGUUUUAGCCUUUGGACGUAGCCAAUUACGUCCUAAAGGGGAAGUGAAAGAACACACUCACGCACAGACCGACAGCAGAUGAAGUGGCUCAACUUCUGAUCUCACACUGAUCAGCGUCGCGUAAGAUGAAAGGAUGAAGUUGGGUUCGUGGAAGCGCGCUGACUGCUGCGGCUGAACCGAGUGCCUGCAGACAGACAUGUUGAAGUACGAGGCUUGUCAUUAAAGAGACAGCCAGACCCAGGACUGUUAUUGUCUACCUUUAUUAGCAGGUAAUGGCAGGAGAAUCAAAGCAGAGCGCGACUCAGAACAGAACAAAAACAACACAGAGCUGCAUUUGAAUGUUUGCUUGCUGGUCAUAUUCAGGAUGCCUUGGCAAACUGAAGCCAACUGUUAGGUCUCAACAGAGGCCGCUGAAUUGAAUGUGUAUAUUAAAGCUUUGUAUUCUCAGUCCGUUUGUUUUAAUGACAAAUACUGUUUUGGAGAACACACAAAUCUAAGGCCAAAGGUCAACAUUUUAGAAAAAUCUGCCUCUUCACUUUUCUGGAGGAGACGUGUGGAAUGAAUUGAUGUUGCGAUAGUGAGUAUCCAAGCAUUGGUCAGCCUAGCUUACAGUAGCACAAGGGCCGGAAACAAACUGCCUAGCUCUUUCAACCUGUAGCAAAACUAGUUUACUGUUUUGCUAACCCUAAAACAAAACCUGUGCAAUAUUUACAUGAACCAAAUCAAACUUUAAAAAAAGGUUCAACAGUUGGACAAUUUCCUAUCUGGGAUCAGUAAAUUGUCAUAUUCAAAGUGUUCACCAGAUGUUAGAUGUCGUGCUAAGCUAAGCUAAUGAGCCUUUAGCAGUAAACAUCUCAGUCUAACAUCUCACUCCUGUAGUGAAGUGUAUUUUCCUAAAAUGUUGGAUUCCUUUAAAUCAGAGCAUAUUGAUGGGAUUUGUGAUUCUUUUACUUAAAGCAACGCUGGAGGUUUAAUCUAAAAUAAGUUUUAUCAGAUUUUCUUUUUUAGAUUAAAUAUGACUAAAUAAUGUCAAAUGCUUGGUAAUAUGAGAUGUGGUAAUGUAGAUAUUGAUGUUUUAUAACAUAUUGUUCACACACUGAAAUCAGGCGUACGUUUCUUACCUUAGUAUUAGCUUCAUGUUUGCUCACAUGGUGAAAUUGUGUCGUUUUAAAACAACCAGCCAAGUACAAACUUGUUUCUUGCUAUGAACGUUUCAUGUGUAUAUCCAUGAGAGGACUUUAUUUAUCUACAUGAAUAUCUAUGGGAUACCAUUGUUGCUUCAGAGGAAUUCAGAUGUUUUAUGAAUGUUCCUGCUGCUAUGUAAUUAUCUAGACUAACUGCUAUUUUUGUGACUCAGAUCUGUAAUUAUUGCCAUUAAAGUGACUGUCUCAACUGUUAUUUUUUUUAAACGUGCAAUUUUUAUUUUAUAUAGUUCUACUAAACCUAGCCAAUUGCAAAUAAACCUAAUGCAUAUGA